AUGACCCACUGCACCAUCGAUGUCAACAUCAGCGAAUAUGUGAGCGAGAGUCCAGACGACAAAAAGGCGUCUGGGCGGCUUAUCCGUGCUGAGGAUCGUGUGAAGGGCAAAGUGAGUGGCCGCGUGUACAAGACGUACUUCGACGAGACGGGGUUUAACGGUAUCGUCGUCAUCGUCGUCAUCGUCGUCGCUUACAUUGCAGGUCAAGCAGCACGCACGGUUGUCGACUGGUGGCCUGGUCAUUGGGCGCGAAACAUGCCACGCCGGGGUGUGGACCCAACGUACUCAAAUACUACAUUCGGCAUGUGGUAUCUCGGGUUUCUCGCACUCUGUUCUGUGCUCUCCUUCGGCCGAGCGCUGACGAUUAUCGAGUCGUGUGUUCGCUCGUCGCAAAAUAUGCACGACGAGCUGUUCCGACGCGUUUUGAAGGCUCCAGUGACGCAAUACUUUGACGUGACUCCAAUGGGUCAGAUCCUGAACCGCUUCUCGAACGACUUGGAUCAAAUGGAUACUAUGCUUCCCCAAGAGUACCAACUACUGCUCCAGAAUGUGUCUUUGGCCUUCGGAGCGCUCGCCGUCUCGGCAUUGGCUUCGUACUGGAUUGCCUUGACUGAGAUCAAGCGACUGGAAGGCGUCACCCGAACGCCCGUGUACAAUCUCUUUAGCGAGACUUUAUCCGGUCUCGCUACGAUUCGCGCCUUCUGCAUGAGAGACAACUUCAUCGAGUUGAACCGACGUGUACCACUCGGCUUGACUUGCUGUCAGUUCUCAUUAUUUUCGUCGUCACGCUCUAUCUCGUAG